GUGCGAUUGAAAGUGUCAAAGUGGUGCAAGUCCGGAAGAAAAUCGCGAAAAUAAGCCAGCAAACAAUGAAUAAAUCCGACAAAAAGUGUUGAAAAAGUGCGAUUAGCUUUUGCCGCGCCCGUUGCCGGUGGGGUUUUCAUCCGAAAAGUGAGCACUGCGACGUAAAAUCUAUUUUUCACUGUGCGUUGUCAUCACCGCUCCCGGGUGGACGGUGUGCUUGCUGCUCCAUCUGUUGGCGUCGUGCGAUAUCGCGUUGGUCGAUUGUUUUCGUCCGCUUCGUCGAUUGUUUUCAUUUCGGCGCCGUCGCGCCCUCCGCCAGCAUUGUUUUGAUUUCAGCCGGCCCACGAACGGAUUGUUAGUAAACAAAGUUGUAAACGCGAGUCGUUUUUUUGUGUUGGUGUGUGCCGGGUGUGGGUUGAAUGAAACAUGUCGAAUGUGGUGCAGCAGUUUGUGAAUGGGCUGAAGAGCCGCAAUAAAGAUGCCCAGAAUAAAGCGGCCCAGGAGCUGUCGCUGUAUGUUAAGACGGAACUGCGCGAAAUGCAGCAGGAUGAUUUGCUUGCGUUUUUUGACGAUUUCAAUCAUCACAUCUUCGAGAUGCUGUCCAGCGCAGAUACCAACGACAAGAAGGGAGGAGUUCUGGCUAUAAAUUGCCUUAUCAGUGGAGAUGUUGUCAAUACAACCACCCGAAUUUCAAGAUAUUCUAAUAACCUCAGAAACUUGCUUCCUUCGAGCGAUAUCUGUGUGAUGGAGUUGGCAGCUAAAGUUCUAGUGAAGUUGGCACUUUUGCCAGGCUCGAAGGGCGCCGAAUCGUUCGAGUUUGACAUCAAACGAGCAUUCGAGUGGCUAACGGAGGAACGAACCGAGGGUAAACGGCAUGCGGCCGUUCUGGUGCUGCGUGAACUGGCCGUGGCUAUGCCCACAUUCUUCUAUCAGCAGGUUGGGAGCUUUUUUGAGCACAUUUUUGUUGCAAUCAAAGAUCCCAAGCCGAUGAUACGUGAGGGCGCUGGGCAAGCUUUACGAGCCGUGCUGAUUGUCACGUCUCAGCGCGAGGGAACGAAGCAGAACAAUAAUCCUCAAUGGUACAACCACUGUUAUGACAGUGCAAUCGAUUGUUUCAACGAGCUUCCCACCCGAGAACGAGGAUUUUGUCGAGACGAUCGCAUCCACGGAGCGUUGAUUGUGUUCAAUGAAAUUUUGCGCAGUUCGAAUUCGGCCUGGGAGAAAAAGUACAUGCAGUUGGAGAGUUUGAACGUUGAUCGUAGGAUUCGCCAUACGGAUGAGAGCGCUGGUAUUUUCCCCCGGAUUCGCGUUCCGUUCAUGGAGAAGCUGAGUGGCAGCCACGGUUCCGGUGGCUCGAAUUACACUUCAAGAUACAGCGACGGCUGUGACAUAAAGUUCUUCCGUCAGAAUACUUCGAUCCAAGAAUCUGCGCUCUGUCGAGCGCUGGUCAAUGAUAACUAUGACCUCAUUUGCCAGAAAGUGUUGGAACAGCGCAGCUCCAAGUCGCCGUAUGUGAUUCAAUAUAUGCUAACUAUUUUGCCAAGAUUGGCAGCAUUCAAUCGACGAGAUUUUGUGAACAAUCACUUGAAAAAUGUCGUUAACUAUUUGAUUGCCACGUUGAAGAGCAAAGAACGCGAACGCAAUUUGGCCUUCGUUACUCUUGGAUACAUUGCGGUUGCAGUCGAAAAGGAUAUCGAGCGAAAUAUCAAACGAAUCAUGGAAGUGGUUACAGCGGCUCUACCGCCGAAGGAUGUGCCCAACAAGAAGAAGAUGUUUGUUGAUCCUUCCGUUUUUAUGUGUAUCACCCUGCUUGGACACGCACUGAAGAGUGCAAUCACUUCGGACGUUAAGAACAUUCUAGCCCCAAUGCUUUCCACCGGGCUGAGUACCGGUUUAACGGUUUGUUUGCACGAAUUGUGUGAGAAUGUUCCCCAGCAGAGAGAGGAAAUUACCAGUGGACUGUUGAAGAUUCUAUCGUACGUGUUGAUGAACAAGCCACUUCCUCAAUGGCUUCCAGGACGAGCCCAAGCCACCCUCAACACGAACGCGUAUGAACAACAAACACCCGAUAUGUCUACGACCGUGCUUGCCCUUCGAACGCUUGGAACGUUCAAUUUCGAGGGCCACAGUUUGCUCCCAUUUGUGCAGCGUUGCGCGGAUCAUUUUCUCGUGAGCGAACAACAGGAGAUACGAAUCGAGGCGGUCCAAACAUGCACCCUGCUGCUGAAGCUGGCCCUACAGUCGGUCGAUUCCGCGGAUGGUUCGGAAACGCUCACGCAGACUGUGGGUAAUGUGCUGGAGAAGAUUCUGAUUGUCGGCAUAACGGAUGUUGACCCGAAUGUGCGCUUGCGGGUUUUGAAAUCCUUGGAUGAUACGUUCGACUCGCAGCUCGCCCAACCGUGGUUCCUGAGCUCGCUGCUGAUGAUGAUGAAUGAUGAGGUGUUUGAGAUUAGGGAACUUGCGAUAAUCAUUAUCGGUCGGCUGUCGGCGAUAAAUCCGGCCUACGUGAUGCCCAGUUUGAGGAAGACGAUGGUGCAAAUUCUGACCGAGCUGGAGCACUCCGGGAUGAGUCGAAACAAGGAGCAGAGUGCGAGAAUGUUGGACCAUUUGAUCGUCAGCACGCCGCGAUUGAUUUCCUCGUACAUGAGACCGAUUUUGACAACGUUGGUACCGAAGCUGAAGGAACCCGAAUCGAAUCCGGGUGUGGUGCUGAAUGUGCUGAGAGCGAUCGGAGAUUUGGCGGAGGUCAACGGUGGUCACCAGGUGCUGGAUAAGUGGUCGAAUGAGUUGUUUGCAAUUUUGCUGGAGAUGUUGAGCGACGCUGGUUCGACUGAGAAGAGAGCGGUGGCGUUGUGGACCUUAGGGCAGCUGGUCAGUGCCACCGGGAAGGCUGUCUCACCCUAUCACAAGUAUCCGAAUCUUAUUGAUAUUUUGAUUAACUUCCUGAAAACUGAGCAACAAUCCUAUGUGAGACGGGAAACAAUCCGGGUGCUUGGUCUUCUGGGAGCUUUGGAUCCCUACAAGCAUAAAAUGAAUCGUGGUUUGAUCGACAGUCAGACGAACAAUAUUCUUAUCUCGAUAUCGGACUCAAAAACCGAUGAAUAUACCGAUCUUUCCACCUCUGAGAUGUUGAUCAAUAUGGGAAAUCAGCUUGAGGAGUACUACCCGGCAGUGGCUAUCUCAACUCUGAUGAAGAUUCUCCGCGAUCCAACACUGUCUCAUCACCACAUAAGUGUGGUUCAGGCGAUUACGUUUAUCUUCAAAAGCUUGGGCAUCAAAUGUGUUCCCUACCUCGCACAAGUGCUUCCGAGUCUUCUCGGAAACAUUCGCAACGCUGAGAUGAAUCUUAAAGAGUUCCUCUUCCAGCAGCUCUCGAUACUGAUUGAGAUCGUGAAGCAGCACAUCAUUGGCUUCAUGGAUGAAAUAUUUCAACUGAUCAAAACAUUCUGGGACAGUAACCAUCCCCUCCAGUCGACACUCAUCAAUUUGGUGGAGAAAAUCGCAAUCGCUCUUGGGUGUGAGUUCAAAAUCUAUCUCUCCCAGUUGAUGCCCCAAAUUCUGCGAGUUCUACUGCAUGACACCUCGAACAAUCGAAUUGUAACCGUGAAACUACUGUCGGCUCUUCAAAAGUUUGGCAACAACCUUGACGAUUACCUGCAUCUGAUCAUCCCGGCCGUCGUGAAGUUGUUCGAGCCAAUCGAUAUCCCUUUCCAGGUUUCGCUGGCAGCGCUGGAAACUAUAAAUUACCUUGCAGAAAUCGUUGACUUCACCGACUUCGCGUCCCGCAUUAUCCAUCCGCUGGUGCGCGUGCUGGACAACCAUCCGGGUCAGCUUCAGACAGCUGCCCUGCAAACCCUGUGCUCCAUAAUGAUCCAACUGGGCAAGAAGUAUCUGGUUUUCGUCCCGCACGUCAAUCGCAUUAUGAUCAAGCACAAAAUCUCCUACACCGAGUACAACAAGUUGCUCACCAAGCUGCAGAGCAGCACUACCCUCGCGCUGGAUGACGAGUUUCGGCUGCGCCAGGCCCGCUUCAAGAAUCGCGAGAUGUCGAUGACCAGCGAUACCACGAUCCGCAAGCUGAACGUCUCCACCGUUGAUCUUCAGCUAGCGUUCAAGGCGAAUCGACGCGUCUCGAAGGACGAUUGGUUGGAGUGGCUCCGUCGGCUCAGUAUCGGACUGCUGAAGGAAUCCAAGAGUCCGGCGUUGCGAUCGUGCCGAACGCUGGCCCAAAACUAUCCCCAACUGUUGAAGGAUCUUUUCAACGCGGCUUUCGUGAGCUGUUGGACGGAUCUGCCGGACAGUUUGAAGGAGGAGCUGUCGUCCAGUUUGAGGCAAGCGCUGAUGGUGCCCGAUCUGCCGGAGAUCACGCAGACUAUCUUGAAUUUGGCUGAGUUUAUGGAGCAUUGUGAGAACGAUGCGCUUCGGAUUGAUCCCAAGUUGCUCGGAGAGCGGGCGAUGGAGUGUCGAGCCUAUGCGAAAGCGUUGCAUUACAAGGAGGAGGAGUUUCACAAUAUGAAGGAGAAGGAUCAGAGUGUGUUCGAGUCGUUGAUAUUGAUCAACAAUAAAUUGCAGCAGAAAGAAGCGGCGGAGGGAUUGUUGGAGUAUGCUCGGGAACACAGGAAUGCAUCGGAGGAGAUGAAAGUCCAGGUUCGGUGGUACGAGAAGCUGCACAGCUGGGAGAAGGCGCUUGCACUGUACGAGGAAAAGUUGAAGUCGGAUGCGAAUGAUUUGGACUCCAGACUUGGUCAAAUGAGGUGCUUGGAAGCUCUCGGCGAAUGGUCCUCACUGAAUGCCCUGGCGAAGGAUAAAUGGGACUCACUUGGGGUAGAGGGACACACCAAGGCGGGUCGAUUGGCGGCAGCCGCCGCUUGGGGUCUGAAGGAUUGGGAAGGAAUGCAAGAGUUUGUCAAAUUCAUCCCCGAAGAAACCCAAGACGGCUCGUUCUAUCGUGCCGUUUUGGCAGUUCAUCAUGGAGAAUAUGAGUUGGCGCAAACACUCAUCGAUGACACGAGAGACUUGCUGGAUACAGAGCUCACGGCGAUGGCCAGCGAGUCGUACGAACGCGCCUACGGGGCAAUGGUUUGCGUGCAAAUGCUCGCCGAACUUGAAGAAGUUAUCCAAUACAAACUGAUCCCCGAACGCCAGGAAACCAUCAAAUCAAUGUGGUGGGAUCGAUUACUCGGGGGACAGCGUCUGGUCGAAGACUGGCAGCGAAUUCUCCAGGUGCACUCACUCGUGGUUCAUCCGGUGGAUGACGUCCGCACAUGGCUCAAGUUCGCAUCGCUCUGUCGGAAGAGUGGUUCGCUGAAACUGUCCGAGAAAACGCUGCUCAUGCUGCUUCCCUACGAUCCCUCCAAGUACCCGGAUCACCCCCUCAGAUAUUCCGAGCCGGACAUCAGCUUCGCCUACACAAAACAUCUCUGGAUGGCCGAUGAACGCCAACGUGCGUACGAACAACUCUGUCGCUUGGUCGCAGAUAUGAGCAUCGAGGGGAACUUCGAUCUCGACGAGAAAGACGAAAACCGUCGUCUCCUAGCGCGCUGCUACAUGAAGCUAGGCCAGUGGCAGAACCAACUCCAGGGUCUGAACGAGCAAUCUAUCAAAGGCAUCCUCGCAUGCUAUGAGAAAGCAACCAAGCACGACUCGAACUGGUACAAAGCGUGGCAUCUGUGGGCCUAUAUGAACUUCGAAGUGGUCCAAAACCAGAAGCAACAGGAAGACCUGCAGAAAAAUCCCGGUGGAGACAAAGAGAAAUGCAUGAUUCGGCAGUACGCUGUGCCUGCGGUCGAAGGAUUCUUCCGCUCGAUCAACCUCUCGCAGGGAAAUUCCCUCCAGGACACGCUCCGAUUGCUAACACUUUGGUUCGACUACGGUCAGUACCCCAAGGUUUACGAAGCCCUCAUCGAGGGAAUGCGAAUGAUCGAAAUCAACACGUGGCUUCAGGUGAUUCCUCAGCUGAUCGCCCGCAUCGACACCCCCCGGAAUCUUGUAGGCGAACUGAUCCACCACCUUUUGAACGACAUCGGUAAAUGUCACCCACAGGCCCUCGUUUACCCGCUAACUGUCGCUUCCAACUCAGCGUCCAGUGCACGCCGACAAGCGGCGCACAAAAUUCUCAACUCGAUGGGCGAACACUCGUCAACGCUGGUAAACCAAGCCAUCAUGUGCAGCGAGGAACUGAUUCGGGUAGCUAUCCUCUGGCACGAGCAGUGGCACGAGGGACUGGAGGAAGCUUCACGGCUCUAUUUCGGCGAACGAAACAUCGAGGGUAUGUUUGAAACGCUGGAACCGCUCCAUCAGAUGCUCCAACGGGGACCCCAAACACUGAAGGAGACUUCCUUCAACCAGGCGUACGGACGUGAUUUGAAUGAAGCUCAGGAGUGGUGUAAGCAUUACAAGACCUCCAAAAACAUCCGCGACCUGAACCAAGCGUGGGACCUCUACUAUCACGUUUUCCGGCGAAUUUCACGACAACUGCCACAGCUCACCUCACUCGAGCUUCAGUACGUUAGCCCUAAGCUGCUCGCUUGCCGUGAUUUGGAGUUGGCUGUGCCGGGAAGCUAUACCCCCGGACAGGAGCUUAUUCGCAUCGCCAGCAUACAAUCCAAUUUGCAAGUGAUCACAUCGAAACAGAGACCACGCAAGCUUUGCAUCCGGGGCUCCAACGGGAAAGAGUACAUGUUCCUUCUCAAGGGUCACGAAGAUCUGCGACAGGAUGAGCGUGUGAUGCAGCUGUUCGGUUUGGUGAACACUCUCUUGCUGAACGAUCCGGACACAUUCAGACGGAACCUGACGAUUCAACGAUACGCGGUUAUUCCGUUGAGCACCAAUUCGGGCUUGAUCGGAUGGGUGCCUCAUUGUGACACCCUGCACACGCUGAUUCGUGACUAUCGCGAUAAGAAGAAGACGAUGCUGAAUAUCGAGCACCGGAUUAUGCUGAGGAUGGCUCCCGAUUACGAUCAUCUGAUUCUGAUGCAGAAGAUGGAAGUGUUUGAGUAUGCACUGGAGCUUACGAAAGGGGAUGAUUUGGCAAAAUUGCUCUGGUUGAAGAGUCCCUCAUCGGAGGUUUGGUUCGAUCGGAGGACCAAUUAUACGCGGUCACUUGCCGUGAUGUCGAUGGUGGGCUACAUACUCGGAUUGGGUGAUCGACAUCCGUCGAAUCUGAUGCUGGAUCGGUUGAGCGGAAAAAUACUGCACAUCGACUUCGGCGAUUGCUUUGAGGUGGCCAUGACCCGCCAAAAGUUCCCUGAGAAGAUUCCCUUCCGCCUGACGCGCAUGCUGAUCAACGCAAUGGAGGUGACCGGCAUCGAAGGUACGUAUCGUCGCACCUGCGAGAGUGUCAUGCACGUUCUCCGACGCAACAAGGACAGCCUGAUGGCGGUGCUGGAGGCCUUCGUUUACGAUCCGCUGCUCAACUGGCGACUGCUGGAUGCGGAUAAGAAUCGACGCUCGAAGAAUGCCACCGAUGUGGACAGCACAGCUGAGAGUAUAGAGGAAACGUUAGAUUUGCUAACCAUCAAUGCGCGUAAUUUGCGAAUGAAUGAACAGAACGCAAACGGUGGUGGGGGUGGCGGUGUUGGAGCCACCGAUGUGGUCGACCAGGGAAGCAACUGCAUUGCGAAUCCGGCGGAGGCAACAAACAACAAGGCUCGGGCGAUUGUGGACCGAGUGAAGCAAAAACUGACCGGAAAGGAUUUCAACAUCGAUCCGGAUCCAGUGCAGAGACAGGUCGAUCUGCUGAUACAGCAAGCAACGAACAAUGAAAACCUCUGCCAGUGCUAUAUCGGCUGGUGUCCGUUUUGGUAAGCUAGGCGAGGUUCACGUCCGAGUUUUGUACAGAAGUUGUUUUGUGUGUAGAUGUUCACCUGACAAAUUACCGUAAUAAAAUAUGAAUAUUAAGUACGCGCUAUUUGACCGCCUGCUAUAUUGGUAAUCUAUUGUGUAAGUGCUAAAUUUGAUAAGCGAAAAGGCUCGCGAAUUCCCCAAAUACAUUGGAGAACAAUAAAUAAACUUAUGACGAGCAAAUAAAUACGAA